AGAGUUGAAGAUGGGAAGGAUAACAAACUUGGUUCUGACUGGCGGGUUGAUGGUCAGGAAAGAACAUCCUCUGCUUCUGUUAUUACUGAGCUCUCUGAUCCAUUAUCGCCCACCCAUGGCAAAUCUGUUGGUACUUUUGAAUCUUCAGAUACUCCAGAGCUUUCAUCUACACUUGCCAGCCAUGAUGAUAAUGAUGAUGGCGGCACCCUGGGAGGCAUAUUACAUGGUGAUGAUGCCAAUGAUGAUGAACUGCAGUCUAAAAGAAGGAAGAUGGAAAGCAGCUUGCUUGAAACCAAUUUGGCAUCAAGAGCUGUUCGUGAACCUAGAGUUGUCGUCCAGAUAGAGAGUGAAGUAGACAUUCUUGAUGAUGGGUAUCGCUGGCGGAAGUACGGGCAGAAAGUUGUCAAAGGAAAUCCUAAUCCUAGGAGCUAUUACAAAUGCACGAGUGCUGGUUGUUUAGUCAGAAAGCACGUGGAAAGAGCCUCACACGAUUUGAAAUGUGUUAUCACAACUUAUGAGGGAAAACACAAUCACGAAGUGCCCGCAGCCAGGAACAGCACUAAUGUUAAUUCAAGUGUCAGUAAUUUACUCCCAGCUGUUGCUGAUGCUCAAACAGGCUUGACAUUGCCAAGAAACACCUAUGCCGCAAAGUCUGAGCAACAAAUUCAAGAUAUCGCACCACGUUUUGAAAGGAAACUUGAAUAUAACAAUGAAUAUUUGAGGCCUGGGUUUCUUGGGAAUUUCAGUAAUGAUAUGAAGUUUGGGAUUCCAUCCAUUUACCUAAUGAAGUUUCCGCCCUUACAAAAUCCUUACAGCUCUUUUGGACUAAACACCAACUGCAGUGUAACUCCUCCUCAGUCUGGUUCUGUCGACUCAGCUGUUCCCAAUUUCCCAUUUUCGUUGCCGUGGAGUCUCCCCACAUCAUCAAAUCUUUCUCUGCCUGCUUGUGAUUUUAGUAACAAUAAUGGAAAGCCGGUAGGUCCGGUUCAAUCUUUCCUUUCCGGGCAGCAGCUGAAGGAGAAUGAUAUGAGAUUCCUCAGGCCAAAGCAGGAGCAAAAGGAUGAUACCCUCUAUGAUGCUUGCCUGCCCGUUGAUAAUACAAGUUUAUCCUCUUCGUCUUCAUCGUCAGUCUAUCACCAGGUGACGGGCAAUUUUCCGUCUUAACACAUGAUUCAAAGGUAACAAAUUUGGACUGCAUUGUCUGUUUAUCACCAGGUGAUGGACAAUUUUCCAUCUUAAUACAUGAUUCAAAGGUAACAGAUUCAGACUCUGCUCGCUUUUCUCUUAAAUUCUAAGGUUUCUAGCAAUAUUUUACUGCUACUACACUUUCUUUUUUGCUUAAUCUCGAUAUCGAAGCAUCUGAAAUUUUUGCCUAAAAAUUUGCGUACAACUGUAUUUACUGCAUUCUUGUUAGUUUUCAAUUUUAUCAAGAGGAAUUUUUCUUUACAGAGUACAAAAUUGAUUAGUAGCUCUCUCUUUCUCUCUUGCUUCAGUGUUGAGUUUCUGCUUGCUUUUGAUUAACUCCAAUUUUUGUGGCCAUUUAAAGAUUGUAAUAUUAUUACCGGAAUUUUAUUUAUUUGCUUAAGCUUUUAGGUGAAAUGAUUAUUUAUUGAAACUAGUUCCUUGGAAUUUUACAG